CGCCCCGCGAGCUGCCCCGAUGAGGCGGCAGCCACAGAACGGCGACCUCAAGAAACAGCUGCACGAGCGGCAGCCGCGGAUCGCCGCGCUCAGCGACAAACAAGCUUUGGGAACCAUCACUGCAGUGCCUGUCACCGGUCCUCAGGUCAGCUCCUUGCAGAGGUUGGCCGGGCAAGGAGCAGCAGUGCUACCUCAGGUUAGGCCAAAGACUCUGAUCCCAGACAGCCUCCCCGUCACCCCGGGCCGGGACCGGCCACCCAAGCAGCCCCCAACAUUCCAGAAGGCCACCGUGGUCAGUAUCAAGAACCCCAGCCCCGCGCUCCCCACCGCCAACAACACCGUGAGCCAUGUGCCAGCGCCCGGCAGCCAGCCCCGGGCCCUGCCCGAGCCCGCCGCCGUCAGCUCUCCUCUGAGCGGCGCCGGGGUGGCCUACGCCAUCAUCUCCACCGCCCCCAGCAAUGCCGCGGCCAUGGCCCCCAGCACCGCCGUGUCCGUGGUCAGCGACAGCGUCAAAGUCCAGCCCCUCCUCAUCAGUGCGGACAACAAGGUCAUCAUCAUUCAGUCUCAAGUGCAGCCGCAGCCCGAGAACACCACAGAGUCGCGGGCGCCCACGGAGGAGCCGUCUCGGGGGGCUCAGGCCAGCAGCAGGAGGAAGGAGGAACGGCCCCUGAGCCAGGAGAACCCCGAGAAAAUUGCCUUCAUGGUUGCGCUGGGCCUGGUGACGACGGAACACCUGGAAGAGAUCCAGAGCAAACGCCAGGAGCGAAAGCGGAGAAGCACAGCCAACCCUGCCUACAGCGGCCUCCUGGAGACAGAGAGGAAGCGACUGGCGUCCAACUAUCUCAACACACCCCUGUUCCUCACAGCAAGAGCCAAUGAGGACCCCUGCUGGAAGAAUGAGAUCACCCACGAUGAACUCUGUGCUGCCUGCAAGCGAGGGGCCAACCUGCAGCCCUGUGGCACGUGCCCGGGGGCCUACCACCUCAGCUGCCUGGACCCGCCCCUGAAGACGGUGCCCAAGGGCGUGUGGGUGUGCCCCAGAUGCCAGCAGAAGGCCUUAAAGAAAGACGGAGGUGUGCCCUGGACCGGGAUGCUGGCCGUCGUGCACUCCUACAUCACCCACAAGACAGUCAAAGAAGAGGAGAAGCAGAAGCUGUUGCAGAGGGGCAGCGAGCUCCAGAGCGAGCACCAGCAACUGGAGGAGCGGGACCGGCGCCUGGCCUCGGCUGUGAAGAAAUGCCUGGAGCUCAAGACGAGCCUGCUGGCCCGGCAGAGGGGCACCCAGUCGUCCUUGGACCGCCUGCGGGCCCUCCUUAGACUGAUACAGGGUGAGCAGAUGCUCCAGGUCACCAUGACGACCACCAGCCCCGCCCCACUGCUGGCAGGGCCCUGGACCAAGCCCUCAACAGCAGCCAUACACUCUGCCCUCCAGCACCCCCAGGGGCACAACUGACCCCCGAGGGACCCGUCUUCAUUCUUGGAAAGUCACUGGGACCCUGCUCGCAAGACCUGAGGGUUCUGUCAGCCUUAAUUCAUACACACUAUGAAUUUCAGACAAAACUAAGACCAGGAAAGAAGGGAGGAGGAGCUGAAUGAGAGCCGGGAUGGAGUCCUGCCCACUUCCUGUCAGACAGGACGCCUGGAAGCCAGCUGGGGGCGCAGACUCAGCUCCCCACUGCUGGGGGGGCUUGUCCAGGCCUCCGGUUUCUGGGCACAGCUGUCUCCUCGGCCUUGAGUCACCCCUGCUCCGGAGAGCAGGGCCGAGGCGCCCUACGUGCUUGCGGGAGGGGAGCCGAGGACACGGCAUAGCUGAGUAGUAGAGCUAGUUGGAGCGAGAGGUGGGUAGCAAAUCUAGGUAGACUCCGCCAUCCGCCCGCCCUCACGGGGCCACCAGGCGCGUGCCAGGCCUUCCAGACGCCCGCCCCAUCGUCAGUGUUAUUAGCGUUCAGAAUUGCAGCUGUUUAACUGGAAGGAUGCUCUGAGGGUCGGACGCUGCUGUCGCCCAGCCUGCCUCUGUCUGGGCCCUGAUCGCGGGGCCCCCUCACCUUGCGCCUCCUCACGCCUCUGCUGACUUUUUGGAUUCGUCUUGCCCUCGGUGUCUCUGGGCGAGAUGGAGCUGCAGCCAUGCUGGGGAGGCGUUUGGCAGGUUUUCCAUCUGGGGUUGAAUCGUUCACCCUAACGACCGAAGCCUUUUCUUUUCUCCUUUCGAAGAGCCGAUAAGAUAUUCCGUUCUUCUUUUCUUGCCAGUACAGACACUAUGCCAAAAAAAUAACUUUACAUUUUUGUACGGCGUUUUUAUUGUGAGAUAAUUUAAUGUGAAGGGGACUUGGUGACUUCGCUUCCCGCUCACCGGGGUCUCCGCUGCCAGGGAUGAA